GCAGGAGGCGCCAAGUAGACUCAAAACGUGGCAUUUUUCUCGUUUCUUCACCCAAACAACCCUCCCCGCUUUCCACUUCCUUCUCCCACUCUUCUGCAGGUGCAGGUUUCUUUCAAAUUUCUUCAUUCUCUCCAACAAUUGGUGGAACAAGAUGCAUCUCUGAUGGAUUUUCCAAUCUCUUCUUGCAUUUCUUGUUCUUUUUAGUCAUUAGCCGAUGAGGAAUGUCGUUGCGUGCCUCAACCGCCACCGCCUGCUCACUCCGGCUUACCGAACUUCGUAACUGUACAACCGUCCAUGGAACUAAGUUCAAUAUUUGUCUUUUGGGAUUGAAUCAAUUUAUCUAGCCUUGGAGUGAAAGGAAUAGGAUGCCAGAUUUGUUGUCCACUCGGGAUAACUUAUCCGUAAAACUUAUAUUUGUGAAAGGGUUUUCUACGUUCCAAUGUUACUACUUCCAAGUGCAAAUAUAUGUUGGAAGGUUUAAAUUUACGCCAUGUCAAUGAUUUUGGAAAAUGCAUAUCAUUGGGAUAUUUGCAAGAUAUCCAAGCUCUGAGGAGACAAGAUGUUUAUCUGUUGACAAACUUGUUCCACCAAAACUCAUUUUCGACCGGUUAUUCAAGCGUACAUGGUGAAAGGCCAUCUGCAGAGUAUGCGAAGUUGAGAAAGCAAUUGCUGGAAAAUGAAUUUGGGCAUGCACUUGGAGCUUACAGAUCCAAAAGACUUUCCUCUGUCUAUCACUUUGGUCCAUUUUUAGCGUUGUAUAGGGCAGCAAUUAUCUCAUUCCAUGUAUUGAAGCUAACCAUAUGGCAGUUCUUCGUUCAUGACUUAAAAAAGCGUGCUAUUAAGUUUCGAGAAACACUAAUCAGAUUGGGGCCUUUCUAUAUCAAGCUUGGGCAGGCUUUGAGCACAAGGCCGGAUAUAUUGCCAACAGUGUAUUGCCAAGAACUUGCAAGGUUACAGGAUAAAAUACCUCCAUUUCCAACUCACCAAGCAAUCAAAUCUAUUGAGAAUCAGCUGGGUCGUCCUGUUUCACAAAUUUUUGCUGAUAUUAGCCCAGAGCCCAUUGCAUCUGCAUCCUUAGGGCAGGUUUAUAAGGCUCACCUGCAUUCUGGAGAGCUUGUAGCUGUCAAAGUACAAAGGCCUGGCAUGUCUCUUUCAUUGACUCUUGAUGCCUUGUUGUUCCAGAUGAUUGGUGGCCAGUUAAAACGAUUUGCCAAGGCCCGGAAAGAUUUAUUAGUAGCUGUUAAUGAAAUGGUUAGGCACAUGUUUGAUGAAAUCAAUUAUGUUCAAGAAGGGAAAAAUGCUGAGCGUUUUUGUUCUCUCUAUGGAUGUCAACCAUUAGGCGACGGUGGGAAGAGUUCAGCAGUUGAUGGCUCUAUAAAAUAUAAGAAAUCAAACUGUGUUAAAGUCCCCAAAAUAUUUUGGAACUUUACUCGGACGGCUGUGCUUACCAUGGAAUGGAUUGAUGGAAUAAAGCUUACUGAUGAAGUUGGCUUGCAAAAGGCUCAUUUGAAUAGAAGGGAGCUCAUUGACCAGGGAUUGUAUUGCUCUUUGAGGCAAUUGCUUGAGGUGGGUUUUUUCCAUGCUGAUCCACAUCCAGGAAACCUUGUUGCUACUGAGAAUGGCUCUCUUGCAUAUUUUGACUUUGGGAUGAUGGGUGAUAUCCCACGGCAUUACCGCGUUGGACUGAUUCAAGUGCUGGUGCACUUUGUUAAUCGUGACUCGCUUGGUUUGGCCAAUGAUUUUCUUUCUUUGGGAUUCAUUCCUGAAGGGGUUGAUAUUCGAUUAGUUUCUGAUGCUCUAAAUGCAUCAUUUGGCGAUGGAAAAAAACAGUCACUGGAUUUUCAGGGAGUAAUGAACCAGCUAUACAGUGUUAUGUAUGAAUUUAAUUUUUCCCUUCCUCCGGACUAUGCCUUGGUCAUAAGAGCAUUAGGGUCACUCGAAGGCACUGCAAAAGUCCUCGAUCCUGAAUUCAAGGUCUUAGAAAGUGCAUAUCCUUUUGUCAUUGGGAGGCUUUUGGAAGAUCCAAACCCUGAUAUGAGAAGAAUUUUAAGGGAACUCCUCAUCCGAAAUGAUGGAUCCAUUAGGUGGAACCGGCUUGAACGCUUAGUUGCAGCCAUUUCUGAACAGGCUUCCAAGUCAAGUGAGGAAUCCCUCAAGGAUAAUUCUUCGAAUCCCCUGGGAUGGAAAUCAUUUGACAUGCCAGCAGUUGUGGCAGCUACUGAGGAUCUUUUUCUUUUCAUUCUCUCUAAGAAAGGUUCAAGGGUACGUGUUUUCCUCCUCCGCGACAUCAUUGGAACUGUUGACAUUGUUCUGCAGGAUGAAGUUUUUGGGUGCUCAUCCGGUGAGAAGCGUCAGACCAGAUCCGAGGAUCAUGCUAUGCUGGAAAGAGUUGUCCACGGAUUCCAGUGCCUCCGUGAAGCAAUAAAGUUAGCCCCACAAGUGUGGACGGCUAUGCUUAUUCGCAUGGCGUUAAAGCCUGAGGUUCAUAGUUUCUCUUUGGACGUCAUUUCAAGCAUAAUUAUGCAUAUUGGAAGAAAAAUCCCUGACCAUCUUUGGGUUUGUAUUUCAAGAUUCCUUCAUGACUUAGAGAGAGACUGCGGUUCUAACAAAGUAUGAGGAAAGUAAACUACUUCUCUUUCUGUUCUUUUAAACAAUUCUCUCUUUAUAGAACACAUUUUAAAAAAAUCAAUGAUAGUCACAACUAGUUUAGCUCUUAUUUAAGGGUAUCUUUCUGAAUCUCUAGACUGUUAAAUUGAGAGCGGAGUUUUGAAAGAUCGGUUACCUUGGAUUUUGCCUCACGGGUUGGUGACUUUUAUUUGAAAUUUGGAGGGAAUUUUUAAUUUUAUUAGAUUCAAGUAAUUGAACCAUUAAUAACGGGUUAGCAAAAUUUUAGCCUUAUUUAUCCUCGAUAGGUGACCUGUAAAUCUAGGAUGAUAAAAAUAAUCAUUUUAUUAAUUAAAUUCUUAACUGCACAAAUAUUUUUUUUUUUCCCUAUACUCUUAUAGUGUCUAUUACUUCGUGUACAAUUAUUUUAGUCUGGUGGGUGAAACCAUACUUUGAACAUGUGCCUUUGAGUACGUUGUGCUCAGAUGUAGGCAUGGUGACACUGGGUCUCUCAUGUCUGCAUUUGGGAUUUUUUUGGGGUGUUUUUAGUCACGUGCUAAGUGUGACAAUAAAUGAGUCUGGUGUAAAAGGGUAAGUUCAUUUUUAUGUUAUAUGCUUAGUUUAUUUGUCUUAUGUUAUUAUUAUAAAAAAAAAA